GAUGGUCUCUCUCUGUGUAGCUGUUGCAGUCAGGCGCUGUUAUUGAUGUUUUUCUCCUCGACAUUUCCAUGGUAACUGUCCUGUCUACGCUCUGAUCAGCAGCCAGGAGCCGAGCAGUGUGUGAGAAUGGAGCCGGAGGAAAAAAACCCGGACCCUAAAUACGGGGAGUCCAGGAAGUUUGACCCAAACUUCAAAGGGCCGAUUCACAACAGGGGCUGCACAGAUAUCCUCUGCUGCAUUCUCUUCAUCUUGGCCUUGCUGGGGUACUUUGCUGUGGGUAUCCUCGCCUGGUCUCAGGGUGACCCCAGGAAAGUGAUCUACCCCACGGACAGCAGGGGGCAGUUCUGCGGACAAGCUGGAACACCUCUGGAGAAGAAGCCUCUUCUGUUCUACUUCAACAUCCUGAAAUGUGCCAGUCCUCUGGUGCUGCUGGAGUUCCAGUGUCCCACCCCACAGUUAUGUGUGGAAAGAUGUCCUGACAGGCAUAUGACACUGGCGAAAGCCAAGUUAGGCAGCAAAGAAGACCGUGAAUACUACCAGCAGUACUGCAAGGAAGGAGUGGACUUCGCCAAACUGAGUCCUCCAGAGAUCCUGAGGGAUGGCUUGUGUCCCACCAUGCUGAUGUCCAGUAAACCCUUCACGCGGCGCUGCCUUCCUGCCUUGGGAACGAUGAAAGGCGGGGUGGUGGUGGUGGGCAAUGAGACCACUCUUGAUGCCGGACAGGGCCUCAGCAUCAACGCCACAGACGUGCUGGAGGCAUCCAAGAAAUCAAAUGUGGUUGUUGAAGCUCGCCAAGUGGCCAUGAGAAUCUUUGAGGACUACACUCAGUCAUGGCACUGGAUAUUGCUCGGUCUGGUGAUCGCCAUGGUGGUCAGCUUGAUUUUCAUCGUCUUGCUUCGAUUCUUGGCUGGCGUAAUGGUCUGGGUCAUGAUUGUUCUGGUCAUUCUAGUCAUCGGAUAUGGGAUUUUCCACUGUUACAUGGAGUUUGCGAGUCUGAAGGGAGAGCCUGGCGCUGACGUCACCAUCCGUGACCUGGGCCUGCAGACGGACUUCUCCGUCUACCUGCAGAUCAGACAGACGUGGCUGGCCUUCAUGAUCAUCCUGGCUAUUGUGGAGGUCAUCAUCAUCCUGCUGCUCAUCUUCCUCAGGAAGAGAAUCCUGAUUGCCAUCGCCCUCAUCAAGGAGGCCAGCAGAGCUGUUGGUCAUGUGAUGUCAUCGCUGUUCUACCCCCUGCUGACCUUUGCCCUCCUGGCUGUGGUGAUAGCUUACUGGGCCAUCACUGCUGUUUUCCUGUCCACGUCUAAUGAGCAGGUGUACAAGGUGUUCAACAACUCCGAGUGCGAGUACUCACGAGAGACCUGCGACCCCAAGACAUUCAACACCUCCAACGCUUCAGCUCAGUGUCCUGACGCAGAGUGCCUGUUUGCCUUCUACGGUGGGGAGACCCUCUACCACAAAUACCUCAUCCUGUUCCAGUUCUACAACGUCUUCCUCUUCUUCUGGUGCGCCAACUUUGUGACGGCCCUGGGCCAGGUCACUCUGUCGGGGGCCUUUGCCUCGUAUUACUGGGCCUUCAAGAAGCCUGAAGAUAUUCCCGCCUUCCCCAUCUUCUCCUCGCUGGGACGGGCCCUCCGAUACCACACAGGCUCCCUGGCAUUUGGCUCUCUGAUCCUGUCUUUGGUCCAGGUCAUCAGGGUCCUUCUGGAGUACCUGGAUCACAAGUUGAAAGGUGCUCAGAACAAGUUUGCUAAAUUCCUGCUCAGCUGCAUGAAGUGCUGCUUCUGGUGUCUGGAGAAGUGUAUCAAGUUCCUCAACAGAAAUGCCUACAUCAUGAUUGCCAUCUAUGGAAAAAGCUUCUGCCCCUCAGCACGAGAUGCCUUUUUCCUUCUCAUGAGGAACAUUGUCAGGGUUGCUGUUUUAGAUAAAGUGACUGACUUCCUGCUGUUUCUCGGGAAGCUCCUCAUCGUUGGAAUUGUUGGGAUUUUCUCCUUCUUCUUCUUCUCUGGGAGAAUCAAAGCGGUAGAGGAUGCCGCUCCAUCUCUGAACUACUACUGGGUGCCAAUACUGACGCUGGUAGUUGGAUCCUACCUCAUCGCCCAUGGCUUCUUCAGCGUGUACGCCAUGUGUGUGGACACACUGUUCCUCUGCUUCUGUGAGGACUUGGAAAGAAACGAUGGCUCGUCCGAAAGGCCUUACUUCAUGUCCCCCGAGCUGCACGAGAUCCUCUCCAAAACAAAGAGGCUGGAGGAGGAUGGAAGUGGUGUUGAGCAGGUAGACUCUGCCAAGCCGGUGGACGAGGCGACGCUGGAGGAGGAGACGCCUCUCCAGCAGCAACAAGACGGAGAGAUCCAGCUGAAACAGCAGACAGUGCUCAAGCAGGACAACGAGGAGGAGGAGCCUCUGAAGGCCAAGACGGAUGUGGAGGAGCCGAAAGAGGAGAAAAAUGAGGAAGAAAAAGUCAGUGAGGCAGAGGAGGCUGAGAAGAAAGAAAAAGAGGAGGAAAGAGAAGAAGUGAUAGGAGCGGCAGAGAAGCAGGAGCUAAAACAGGAGGAAAAGAGCGAGGACCCGGCCGUGGAGGCUGAGAAAGAGGAGACUGGUGAAAAGAAAGAGGAAAAGGAGGAACUUCAGGAAGAGAGUCCUCCCUCUGCACCACAGGAGUAGAUGUUAGUAAUGUAAGGCCGAACCCCCCCAGAGGCUUGGUAAACCUCAUGAAGCAUAAAGAAUGAAAGAACUGUCCUACAACUUUGUGAUAUGAACGUGUUAAAUGUGCGGCAAACGACAAGCUAAGAUUUCGGAUCGCCUCGCUGUGUGAGCGACGUCCGGCUGGAGGAGGCGGUGGCGGGCGGCGCGUUGAAGGCUGAAGCAGGUCAAAAGCCCAGUGCAUCUCUGUAGCUUGAACAAAAUGCUCUCUUGUGUCGGUUUUAGAACAGUGUUGGUUUUUAUAUUGUGAAGAUCUGUAGAACAUUGUGAGUGCUGAACCUGUGCCUGAUUACUGUCACUAAUAGUUAUUGUCUUAAUCCUGUUAUGCACUACAGAACCACUAAGUACCAUGUUUACAGUUGAAACAAACUCAUGUCGAUCGAUGGUGAAUCUCUUUCACUGUUUACAAUAAUACCAGCUGACGCCAAAAUGUUACAGACAUAUUUGAUAUACUGUAUGAAUAUUGGAUCUUUUCUUUCCUAUGGAACUUGUAUAUAUACAGUAGUGUAUGUCUAUCAUGUAUUUUUUGGCUUCGGUCUUGUAGAGAUCCUCGCCAAGAUGGGAUCCCAUGUAUUGUAUUGCCACCUACUUGCCUUGGUAUUUCGGACUGGUGUAAGCGCCGCAACUGUGUCACCACGACGCUGCCAUCGUGACCUCUGCAGACCCCAGCAGUCGUUUACUGGUCCCACCUGCCUCGCUCUGUCCCUGUCCUCUCUCUCCUUCUCGCUCUCUCUCUCUCUGUCUCUGUCUCUCUCUCAGUGCUGCAUGGUGUUGACAUGGCCCUCUGAAUGCUCGCAACUAACAUCUUAAGUCUCUGGAUGCUUUUGUACCUUUUCUUCUUGUUUGUCACCUUGUGAAAGAUGUAAGCUGAUUUUCCACUGAAGUUACUGAUGACAUUCCAUAUUUAUUGGAUGUUGAAUCUCGAUUAAAGGUGAUUGUAUUUAAUCGUAGUAGUUCUGUUAUGGGUAAACACGCAAGUUUCAAGGUGGCGUUUGGAAACAGGUGAGUGUUCAUGCCCAAGAAAGUGAACCAGGACUUUGAUUUUGUCUUAAAGGGGAACUCCAACAAUUUUGCAUGUUAAGUCGGGUUUCCACCCAAAGUACCUGGAACUAUAAUCCCAGGAACUACUUUUCAAGGACUAAAAGGUUGUUUCAGCCCGUUGUUGUCUGCGUUUCCACCAUGUAGAUUAAACAAAAAUCGUGCGACGUAUGAAAAAGCAGCAGCUGUACACGUCAUUUUUUUGUGCGACUAUCCAGCAAGGAGGCCUGAUCUGUGUGUGUGUGUGUGUGUGUGUGUGUGUGUGUGUGUGUGUGUGUGUGUGUGUGUGUGUGUGUGUGUCUUCGUUGAUCCGUCUGUCGCAUGGUUUCUUCUGUAGCUCCAUGUUGAUGUGUGGAAGCCCAGUGAACAAAAAACAAACUGGUUUGCAGCUGCAUCUUUUUAAAUAUGGUGGCUGAAGUAAAGUACUGCAAGUAUUCAAUCAAUCAGAAUUUUUCAGUGCUGCAAGGCCCACACCCAAAGUUCCUGAACUAUUGGAAAGUACGACACCCUGAGUAGGGAUUUUUUGGUCCUGGUCCCUGCGGUGGCAACACAGUAUGAGUUCCUCCAAAGGCUCCUAUUCCCAGGGGAAAGUUCCUGCAGUAAGAAAGGUCUUGGGGUCUUGGGAGACACUUGUUCAGGGCAUUCUUUUUUUUUCUUUAAUUAAAGCUUAAUGUGACACAGCAUCAUUUGAAAGUAUCGUGUUUGCUAUCCUCUGGUGGUUUACCUUCUUUGCUUGCCGGAGUGACAUCACUGUUGGGUUUGUUUUCAAGUAGAACAAAGCACGCUCCUGACCACGCCCAACAGACUUGAACAUUUCAACCAGAGGGGGCAGCAAAACACUGCUUUUCACUUUGAUGUUGAGUUACUCUUUGGCUGUCUCUCCUUCCUUCAUGGAAGUGCAAUGUUAAAGUGCUGGAGCGCCCCGUCAAUUCUUAACAAACCAAAUAUAAUAUCAGGCAUUGGCUGUCUGAAUAAUAGAUAGUAGAUGCAUGAAUACAAGAACAGUUACAUUCCUGUUAAGUGUCACAUGCUGUUGGUAAAAUGUUGUUCCUCAACUGCUUCUU